AUGAGGGCCUUUGCUGAAACUUGGGUGGAUGAGAUAUUUCCAAUGGCACUGAAGUACUUCAACAUUAAUGUGGAGAAGUCAAUGAAGUAUAAGAUUUAUUGGAAUGGAGAACAUGGAUUUGAAAUUAUGGAAAGUAUAGUUAAGUUUAUUGUUCAUCCGAAAAGAAGAUAUUGUAGUUGCAGGUCAUGGCAACUGAAAGGUAUUCCUUUUGCACAUGCCAUAAUAGCAAUGCAAUUUAGGAGGAUUGAUGCAUCUGAGUCAAUUUCAUCAUGGUACAGAAAGGAGACAUAUUUGCGAGCUUAUUCCAAUUUCAUACAACCUAUCCCCAAUAUGAUAAUGUGGCCAACUACAUCAAAUCCAAAGAUUGAGCCACCUACAGUUAGAAAAAUGCCUGGCAGGACCAAGAAGAAUAGAAGAAAGGAGGAAGGAGAAAUUAAAAGAGCUCGAAAGUUAUCAAAAAUGGGAAUAUCUAUGACAUGA